GUCUGAACUGAGUUUGGGGUUGUCAUGAUAUCCAAGCCCCAACGUCACUGCUGUAAUAGUCGCGGUUUAAGUGAACCUUGGACGGGGAUGCACCAACAAUCACUCUUAGCUGCAUAUCGUACCGUAAUCCAACAUGAAUCCUGCUCUACCUAAUUCCGGUAGAUGCAGGAUGCAGGUCACCCACCUGCGAUCAAGUCCCUGGUCGGGGUUUUGGAGCUAGGUCGGACAACUGCGUGCCCCUCUGAUGUCACCACUCAAACGGCGUAUAAAUAUUGACAUCAGAACCCGCCACAUCUGGUUAUCCUGAUCAUACCAAUCGCUUCUCACGCAGCAACUUGAAUCGACUACAACCUAUCAUAUCCACUUCAAAUCUCAAUCAAAAUGAACUCCCUCACAAACAACAACGGCACUGCCGCUCCCGGACAGCAGAACGCCGGUAUGGCGGGUGAGAAGAGGGACUAUGGCGACAAAGCAUUUGACGCACUGGCCAAGAAGUCUGGCCACCCCGUCGACCGGAACACCAGCGAAAAGAUCACCGAUGCCGCCCGGGGCGCAUUUGAAAAGGUGACUGGCAAAAAGGUCAACCCUAAGAUCUCCAACUAGGUCUGGUCACGACUUCAGGCAUUAAACGUUCACGGUGGAUCAUCCGAUGUGCACAUGGAAACCUGGAAUUAAUACAACACUAGAACCUAGCCAAAAAUUUAAUGACAUAAUGCAUAACACGCUAUCCCAAUGCCUUGAACUCCAUCACUUCAGCCUGAGCAGUUGAAUAGAGCUUGCUCAGCUAGAAUCAACAGUAUAUCCAAUACCUGCCAAGAACG